GGUAUCUCAAUCAUUGUCUAGUAUCGAAGUUUCUCCUUCCCCAUUUUCCAAAAUUCUCUAAAACCCUUCUCUUUCUGCGGCUGUUUCUACUUGGAUUUUCAAAUUCAAGAAUGGGUUCUUCGUCCAUCACUAGAUUGCCCCUCUAUCUUCAUUCAAACCUCAAUCAAAAUCGAAGUUUCUCCUUCCCCAUUUUCCAAAAUUCUCUAAAACCCUUCUCCCUCCUCAACCCUGUCCGCACCCCCAAAACCCUUCGCUACUCAGCAAUACCCACAUCAAAAUCAAAAUCUGCACUAAAUUUAACUCCAGAGAAGAGGAUUUCCAAGUUUAUCAGUGAGAAAUUAGUGAUUUUGGCUCUUGGGUCAUUCGUUUUUUUGGGGGGUUUAAGGGUUUGGGCAGCGGUGGCGCAGCCGGUUCAAGAAAGUAGUGGGGUUGAGGCGGAGGCCCAGAGUGGUGGAAGUGAGGAGAUGAUAUAUGUGAAGCUGCUGGAGAAGAACCCCAGAGAUGUGGAGGCUCUGAAGAUGAUUGUUAAUGUGAUGAUGAAGAAAGGGAAGACGAAGGAGGCUGUUAAGUAUGUGGAGAGGUUGAUUGAGGUUCAACCUAGAGAAGUUGAGUGGAGACUGUUGCAGGCUUUUUGCUAUGAGAUAAUGGGGCAAUUAACCAAGGCUAAGAGAUUGUUUAAGCAAAUAUUGAAGCAAGAACCUCUAUUGCUUAGAGCAUUGCACGGUCUAGCAAUGGUUAUGCACAAGAACCUUGAAGGUCCUGCUGUAUUUGAGAUGCUGAAUGGUGCUCUAGAAGUUGCUCAUCGAGAAAAAAAGGUUAAUAAGGAGAGGAAUAUAAAGAUAUUGAUUGCACAGAUGCAUCUUGUAAAGGGAGAGUUAGAGGAGGCUUUGGAGAAGUUUCAAAUUCUUGUUCAAGAGAACCCAAGAGAUUUUCGCCCUUAUUUGUGCCAGGGAAUUGUAUACAGUCUCCUUGACAAAAAGAAGGAAGCUGAAGAGCAGUUUGAGAUAUACUGCAAUCUCGUACCCGAAGAGUUUCCUGGGAGAGGGUUCCUUGAUGAUGUAAUGUUGGCUGCAAAAACUGAAUCUAAGGAACAGCUCGAGAAAGAAUUCAAGGCUGAAUAUUCAUAUUCAUAUAAAAGUUGAAGCUUCCUUCCUAAUAACUACAACUUUGUUUUCUACAUGGAUCAGCACGGAGCUCUGAACUCAGAUCAGAGGCUAUGCAUAUUGCAUAUUGCAUAGUGUAGUGUGGCUCACAAAACAUCCUAAAAACGCCCACCACAACCACAUCUAAGCUAAGCUAGGCUAGGCCUAGGCCUGCACAUACUUCGUUCUAGUUUGGCCAAAUAUUUAUGAAGACGUUGAUGUAAUCAUCAAAUCAAUGCAGUGUUGGUUGUACUGAUU